UCUAGGCAGAGAGGAAAUGAACUAGAGAGAAGGGGGAACAGGCCCAGAAGAGAGACGAGAAAGGCCAGAGGCAAUGGCAGUGGCCAGCUGAGGCGGCUGGUGAUGGUCCGGAUGGAGGAGGUGGCUGUGAAGCAGGGCAGCCUGCAUCUUCAGCAGCAGCAGACCUUCGGCAAGAAGUGGCGCCGGUUCACAGCUGUGUUAUAUGGAGGGUCUGGCUGUGCCCUAGCCAGACUGGAGCUCCAAGAUGGCCCGGAGAAGACCCGGCGAGGAGAGGCCACUCGGAAGGUUGUCCGCCUCAGUGACUGCUUACGGGUAGCUGAGCUAGGCAGUGAGGCCAGCAGUCCCCGGGACACCAGUGCCUUCGUCCUGGAGACCAAGGAGCGUCUGUACCUCUUGGCAGCCCCCUCAGCAGAGCGCAGUGACUGGAUACAGGCCAUCUGCCUGUUGGCUUUCUCGGGCCAGAGGAAGGAGUCGCCAGGCCUGGAGAAAAAGAAUGGCAGGCCCUGCAUGGAGGAGAAUGAAUUGUACAGCAGCUCCAGCACAGGGGUCUGUAAGGAAUAUCCUGUGACCAUAAGACCUACAGAAGCCAGUAAGCGGUGCCGGCUCCAAGGGUCCUAUACUCUUCGGCUCGGGGUGAGUGCUCUGGAGCUAUGGGAUGGCCCUGAGCCAGGCACACAGCUCUAUGACUGGCCCUACAGGUUUCUUCGGCGCUUUGGGCGUGACAAGGUGACUUUUUCCUUUGAGGCUGGCCGGCGCUGUGUCUCUGGAGAAGGCAGCUUUGAGUUUGACACACGACAAGGCAACGAGAUCUUCCAGGCCCUAGAAAAGGCCAUUGCUGCCCAGAAGAACACCGCCCCUUGUGGGCCUCUGCCCCUGCCAGCCACAGGGUCCGUGAUGCCCACUGUGUUGCCUCAGCCUGAAUGCCCCUAUUCCCGGCCCCAUGACUCUCUACCUUCUCCAUCCCCUGGCACACCGGUUCCUGGCAUAAGGCCAGGGGGUCCUGAGGGGGAAUAUGCCAUACCCUUUGAUACAGUGGCUAGCUCCCUGAGGAGGAGCUUCAGGGGCAUCCUGACAGGUCCUCCCACGCUCCUUCCUGAGCCACUCUAUGACAGCAUCCAGGAAGUUCCUGUGGCCCCUCUGCCUGACCAUAUAUAUGAUGAACCUGAGGGAGUGGCUGCUCUAAUCCUGUAUGAGAGACCACAGGAGCCCUCGGGGGAGACAGGGAGGGAGCGGGCCACUGCUGAUGGGGGUCUCAAUCCCCGCCAGCAAGAGUCCUCUGUGCCAGGCUGGCCACAGGUAAUGGAGUAUGACAAUGCCAUUCUUAGAAAAGGCCCAAAGUAAGGGGGAUGGCCAGAAGAUAGGAGAUAUGGUCCCCAGGGAGGUCUUGUGUGGGAGACUUCAGGUAUAGUCCUUUAGCUCAUU